AUGUCCGAGUUCCCUACUCUUCAGCCCGCCUUCACUCUCAAGCUGGCCAUCGGUGCUCCGCUCGGUGUCGGCAGUGCCUCUCGGCAGAACAGCCUGCAGAUCGUCCCCAUGACCGGCGGCACUGCCAGAAGCCAGCCUGGAUUCUCUCCGGCCCUGGACGCGGAAAUCGUCGGCGUGGGCAAUGACUACAUCCAUGCGGAUCCUGAUGGAAAGCACGUGCGGCUGGAUGCCCAUGGCGUUCUCAAGCCCAAGGAUGGAGAAGACCUCAUCUACCUGAACUACACUGGUAUCUGCACAUUGACGCCCGAAGUCCAGGCCGUCUUUGCUGGUUCUUCCCCGGACGGUUCGACUCCAUUCAACAGUGCCUUCACCCAUAUUACCUUCGAGACCGGCAGCGAGCGCUACAAGGAAUUAGAGAACCGUGUCUUCGUCGCCCAGGGCCGCUUCAACGUCGAGAAGGGCAAGCCCACCGUCGUAGAAUACCAUGUCAGCCAGGUCAUCCAGGGCUAA